CACAGUUCCUGAUUGAAGAAAGUUGGUGCUGUUGCAUUUAGCACUGCGUUUGGCGCACCGCGAAGACAGCUCACUUCAAGCCGGGGCGUUGUACUCCGUGGAGUGUGUCAGCACCUGUGGGAUUCUGCAAUUGGACUGUGCCUCAAUCGUCGCUGUCUAAUUCGUUUUACAUCAAAAGUUAAAUGGCUGUCCAGACUGUUCCCGGUGUUGCCAUUUUGGGACCUGUCGCUGCGGAGCACGCCGACAUCCUCACCCCCGAAGCGCAGCUCUUUGUGGCAACACUGCACCGCGUGUUCAACCCGCGUCGCAAGGAGCUUCUGAAGCGCCGCGAAUUGCGUCAGAAGGAGCUUGACGCCGGCAGGCUGCCUGACUUCCUGCCGGAGACUGCCGCCGUGCGAGCCUCGCCUGCAUGGCGCUGCGCUCCGCCAGCCCCUGGCCUCGUGGAUCGCCGUGUGGAAAUCACAGGCCCCGUUGACCGAAAGAUGGUCAUCAACGCCUUUAACUCGGGCGCCACCCAGUAUAUGGCUGACUUUGAGGAUUCCCACGCCCCGACGUGGGCCAACAACUUGGAUGGCCAUGUGAACCUGCGAGACGCUAUUCGCCGUACCAUCUCGUACACGGCCCCCAACGGAAAGCAGUACCGCCUGCGCGGCGACGGCAAGCUGGCUACCUUGCUUGUACGCCCUCGCGGAUGGCACCUGGAAGAGGCUCACUUCCUUGUGGAUGGAGAGCCCUGUUCGGGAUCAAUGUUUGACUUUGGCCUCUUUUUCUUUCACAACGCCCGGGCUAUCCUUGCUGUGGGCGAGGGGCCGUACUUCUACCUGCCCAAGAUGGAGAGCCAUCUGGAGGCCAGGUUGUGGAAUGACGUCUUUAAUGCGGCCCAGGACAUGAUCCGCAUCCCCCGCGGCACUAUCCGCGCCACCGUCCUCAUUGAGACGCUGCUGGCGGCGUUUGAGAUGGAAGAAAUUCUAUUCGAGCUCCGAGACCACUCUGCUGGACUCAACUGCGGCCGCUGGGACUACAUUUUCUCCUUCAUCAAGAAGCUCCGGAACCACCGCCAGUACGUGCUGCCGGACCGCUCGGCGGUGACAAUGACGUCGCAUUUCAUGGACUCGUACGUGCGCCUGCUCAUUAAGACGUGCCAUAAGCGCGGUGUGCACGCCAUGGGCGGUAUGGCGGCCCAGAUCCCAAUUAAGGACGACCCUGCUGCCAACGCCGCAGCCCUGGCCAAGGUCCGUGCUGACAAGGAGCGCGAGGUGACUGCGGGCCAUGAUGGCACCUGGGUGGCGCACCCAGAGCUCGUCAAGAUAGCGCUCGAGGUGUUCAACAAGCACAUGCCGCAGCCCAACCAGCUGCACAUCCGGCGUGAUGACGUGAAUGUGACUGCGGCCGACCUGCUGUGUGUCGGCGGUGGUCAGCUGCUGGCGGAUGGCGGCAUCACCGAGCGCGGUUUGCGUGACAACCUCAGUGUGGGCCUAGCCUACAUGGAGAGCUGGCUCCGGGGAGUGGGCUGUGUGCCCAUCCACAACCUCAUGGAAGAUGCCGCCACGGCUGAGAUUAGCAGGUCCCAGGUGUGGCAGUGGGUGCGGCACGGUGCCAUCACUCGUGAGGGCCGGGUGGUGAGCGCCCCAUGGGUCACCCAGAUCCUGCAGGAGGAGGUGGAGGCGGCUAAGGCCAAGUUGGGCGCUCAGCGCUUCGCCGCGUCCAAGUACGAGCUGGCGGCCCGGCUGCUGGCGGGCACCAUCACGGGGGGCCCCUACAGUGACUUCCUGACCACGCUGUGCUACGAGCACAUUGUCACCAAGCCCAUCUCGCGCAUGUAA